AUGUCCUCGAUGUCCCCGAUGUCCCCGGCCAUGGCCGGCCCCCGCCUGCCCUUGGCCCUCCGGCUCCUGCUGCUUUGCCUGUGCCUCCCAGAUGCCUUCGUCCGCUGCGACUCGGGAUCCCGCUUGGCCCCGCUGACAGCCGGGGUGGAUCCCUGCAAGGAUCCCGCUGGAUUCCUCAGCCCCCAGAUGGACGGGGACAUGGGCGGAUCCUAUGGAGGCAGAUUGGGAUCCCAUGGCGGAUCGGGAUCCUAUGGCGGAUCAGGAUCCUAUGGAGGUGGAUCGGGAUCCUAUGCUGGAUCGGGAUCCUCUGGCAAUUCAGGAUCCUAUGGGAGCGGAUCGGGAUCCUAUGGGGGUGGAUCGGGAUCCUACAGCGGCUCAGGAGUCUCCCAGGGAGGUGGAAGCUCUUCGGGAUCCUACGUGUCACCAGGAUCUUCUGGGGGCAAGCCAGGAUCCUAUGGGAGCAGACCGGGAUCCUCCGGGGAUGGCUCAGGAUCCUUCGUGUCACCGGGAUCCCAUGGGCCACCGGGAUCCUACGGACUUGGGUCUUAUGGGAGACCCAGCUCAUAUGGGGGAGGCGGAUCCCAUGGGGGAGCCAGCUCCUAUGGAGGAUCCAGUUCAGGAUCCUAUGGAACUGGAUCCGGAUCAGGCAGACCUGGAUCCCAAGGAGGAAGUGGAUCUGGAUCAGGCAGACCUGGAUCCCAAGGGGGAAGCGGAUUCGGAUCGGGCAGACCCAGCUCAUCUCAGGGAGGAUCCAGUUCGGGAUCAUCCGGGGCUGGAUUGGGAUCAGGCAGACCCGGAUCCCAAGGAGGAAGCGGAUCUGGAUCCUACGGGGGCGGGUCAGGAUCCUAUGGGGGAUCUGGAUCCUAUGGAGGAUCCGGUUCCUAUGGAGGAUCUGGAUCCUACGGAGGAGUCACCGUCAUCAUGACCCCGUUGACCCCUGGACAUCCCCAAGGAGUCACCGUCAUCAUGGCCCAUUGA